AAGUAAGUCUAUGACACGAAGUCGUGUGACCAGCAGAGUUCAGAGUGCAAUUGGACAAUAUUUGAGUUAUGACAGCUUCUUACCUGACAGAAUUAAGUAAAGCAAGUGUAUCCGGGUGGUAAAGGAACGAAACCGAUCAUGCAGUGCAUUUGGGUGUGCCUGUUGUUUCUCUCCACUCUCAUUCACCGAAGCUGCACCAUUGGUGGCCACUGCCACUCAGAUGAAGCAUACUGUAGGCUGGACCCUGAAGUGGAUAUGAACAUUACAGAGAUCAUUCAAAGGUGGGGUUACCCUUCAGAGGAGCAUGAGGUUUUGACAGAGGACGGCUACAUUCUGACUGUCAAUAGGAUCCCCCAUGGACUCAAACAUACAGCAGGUCCAAGGUCAGCAGUCUUCCUUCAGCAUGGACUUCUGGCUGCCGGCAGCAAUUGGAUCACCAACCUUCCCAACUCCAGUCUGGGUUAUGUACUAGCAGAUGCCGGCUAUGAUGUGUGGAUUGGGAACAGCCGAGGGAACACCUGGUCCAGGAAACAUCAAACUCUGAGCCCAGAUCUUGAGGACUUCUGGAGGUUCAGCUAUGACGAAAUGGCUCUGAAAGAUCUUCCAGCAGUUAUCAACCACAUUCUGAAGGCUACUGGUCAGGAACAAAUCUUCUACAUUGGACACUCCCAGGGAACAACCAUUGCAUUCAUAGCAUUCUCCACUCUGCCAGAGCUUGCCAGUAAGAUUCGCCUGUUCUUUGGACUGGCUCCUGUUGCGACUGUGGCUUUUACCGGCAGUCCCAUGACCAAACUGUCUGUCCUACCAGAUUUUCUGAUCUGGAACUUGUUUGGGAAGCGGGACUUCCUGCCACAGAACCAGUACAUCAAAUGGUUGGCUGAACAUGUGUGUGCAAAGACAUUGCUGAGCGAGCUGUGUGGAAAUCUCUUCUUCAUCCUCUGCGGUUUUGACGAGAAAAACCUUAACAUGACUCGGACUCCAGUCUACACAACUCACUGUCCUGCUGGGACCUCUGUCCAGAACAUGAUCCACUGGGCGCAGGCAGUCCAUGGGGGGAAGCUGAUGGCAUUUGACUUUGGACCAGAAGGAAACAUGAGGCAUUACAACCAGUCAACUCCUCCUGAGUUCCGUGUCAAGGACAUGAAGGUUCCCACUGCCCUGUUUUCUGGAGGACAUGAUACUUUGGCGGACCCAAAAGAUGUGGCUGCUCUUCUUACUCAGGUGUCCAACCUAGUCUACCAUCAGCACAUCGAACACUGGGAACAUCUGGAUUUCAUCUGGGGGCUGGAUGCACCUCAAAUUAUGUUUCCCUCCAUUUUGAAGCUGCUGCAGGAACAUCGCUAGUGACGCAAAGGACACAUCAUUCCUCUUGGGGACCACCCAAGUUCAGGAUGUGUGGAAUGAUGGUCCAGCAGCCAGGUUUAGGUUUAAUCAGGAAUGUGUUUUUAAUGUUUUUAGAGAGGAAUGAGUAGACUUUUAAAAAAAACAGCAGUACAUUGUCUCAAUUUGAGUUCAGAUAUGUUUUAACUUGUGUCUACAGUUCUUCCAACACAUACUGUAGAUGUCAAAUGUUCUUUAGUCUCUGAAGUGGGACUAGGUUCAUGGCUCUAGAAUCACAGAACAACAAGCAGAGUUUAGUUUUCUGGUAAAUGAUCAGUUACACAAAACCCAUCCAUCCAUCCAUCCAUCCACCCAUCCAUCCAUCCAUUUUCUAGCUCCUAGCUCUGUCUAGGUAUCAUAAAAGUCCAAACUGAACUUCUUGUAUUCAACUAGCAGUUAGCUGAUUAAAGACAGAUGAGUUUUGGGCUUAAUUUCAACAUGCCAAAUUAUCACAAAACGAUCUUUAAAUGUUAGAACAUCACCUAGAUUACCUAGAUUUCCAAUGUUUCUCAGACACAAACCUUACCAGAAAGAAAAGCUUUAAACUUUGAAUUUAUCAUUGAACUUGGGUUCAAUCUAAACAGAAUCUGAUUAAAUGAAUCUGAGCUCCCUACUUUGGUUCUAGUGAAACUUGAAUACAGUAUAAAAUGAAGGUGUUGAGUGAUCCAAAUCUGAAUGAUUUAUUUCAGAAUUCAGCUCAGAACCAUAAUCAAAUCUGAUUUAUGAGCAGCCCUGAAUAUGUAGGUAAAGUUCUGAACUUUAGAGGUUCUGUUUGACAUGUCUGCUGGUUCUGACCAGCCUUUUGAUCCAGACAGAACCUGACACACAUUUAUUUAAACUUUGGAAAUGUACUAAAAUUUGUCCUCAGGUUUCUUCAGAAAAGCUGAGGACAAAAGCUGAACUGCUUUAUAAUCAGAGUGAUUCAUUAACAUAACAUUUAACAUAUCCUGGUUGUGGAUUUGCUAAGUUUAAAAACACUGAAGUGAAACUGAGAGGUUCAUGAUCUCUAGCUAUAGACCCUGCAGCUUUAGCUCUGAAUUCCUGUUUUAAUUUCCGACAUGCAACUUAAGAUUUCACACUGUGAACUACAGAGCUAUGUUGUACUGUAAUCUUCUCAAAAACAGCAAAAAUCAUGAUGCUUGUGAUAAACUUUGAAAUAAAACUUAUCACUGUUUCAUGGUA